GCGAGCAAAGAGAAAAUCAAAACAAAGUCACAUGGAGUUUUAAAAGUUUUGUUCUGCUGGAAUUUUAUUGCGAAUACAGAACAGUGUGAUUAAUUUCUUUUUGAUCGGGCUUUAAAUUUUGUGUUAUAUAAUAUUGUGAGCUACGUAACAAUUUAAGAAAAGUUAUUACUUAAAUUAAGAGAAAAAAAACCACAACAAUAAUUUAAAAUGAGCCCAUUGGAGGAAGGCACUGCGCUCGAAGGAACCUCUAAAGAGGAAGACAUCGAGGACCAGGAAAUGGAAGAUUCUGAAGAAACCGAAGAAGCCACGGAGAAGAAGAAUAAAACGGGGAUCCUCUUCAUGCCCACCAUUCCUCCGUACAUGACCGUCACAAUCCUUAGAGAAAUGCUUGGCCAGUUUGGAGAAAUUGGCAGGGUGUACCUGCAGGAAGACGAGCGAGCAGUUGCAAGAUUUAAAAAAGUUCGGCGUUUUUCCGAAGGCUGGGUCGAGUUCAAAAGCAAACGGAAAGCAAAAAUGACAGCAGAGAUGCUCAACAACCAAAGAAUGUGUGACAGAAAGAAAAGCAAAUUUUAUGACUACAUGUGGAGUCUUAAGUACCUUCCAAGGUUUAAAUGGGCGCAUCUGAGUGAACGAUUGGCAUACGAGAGGGCAGUGCAUCGACAGAGAGUGAGGACAGAAAUUUCGCAGGCCAAGAAGGAGGCGACACACUUCCAGUUGAGUCUCGAAAGAAGCGAAAAACUUCAUAAACUGGAGAAAAAGCAAAAAAUAGAACCGAGAGAAGGCUUCGAGGUGCCUCAGAGGAAGCUUGAUUCCGAGCACAAGAAGAAGAAGAAAAAGAAGAAAGGCAAGGUUGAGGAAAACAGGACUGAAGUGAUUAGCUCGCUCUUUGGAUGAUGCAAAAAUAAAUGAAAAAUUAAACAUGCACAAUUAAGUUUAAAUUUAAUUUUCUUUCAAUCACAUAGUUAUAACAUAAUGGGGACAAUUCUAUUCAGUAUUCCUCCCAGGAGCCAUAUUAAAAAAAACCAUAUUCUGGGAGGACUACUGGAUAGAAUAGCCCCUAAUAUAUUAUUUGAAAAUCUUGCUAUGACGUAAUUUGAAAAAAGUUAGGUAUCAGGUGCCUUGAUCUGAUUCAAAUUUAAUUAACUUUAAUAGCAAGAAGUAAUUUUAUUAAGAAAUCACCUGGGAAACCAAUGAUAUGUUCCAUUCCAGAUCACUCGCAAUCAAUAUAAUAUCAAUUCUAUCCAAAGCUCCUUCAAGGAAAAAGAUAAAGAAAUGUAUUGUGCAGUCUUUUGUCAUUAAAAGUGAUUAUUAUUAUUUAUACAGUGUCAAGGUAUACAAAAAAUGUCUGUAUUGUAUAGAUUAUUAUGUUUUUUGCAACAAAUAAAAACUAUAAUUUUUAUAUGGAACUCAAGCACUGGGGAAAAAGAAGUACGGAAAAUAAAAACUUUUUUAUGAAUGAUGAAAAUAUUGUUUCUAAAUUAAAACGAAACAUUGUGCUGUUUUAUAAUCUUUAAAAUAACGAUUAUACUGCGAUUAUAUGGGAAAUAAUAGCAGAUAACUUUUAACAAUAAUGUUAUUAAAAUAAAUAAUAUAUAUAAAUUGGUGAAAUUUUUCUACUGUGAUAUAAUUUUAUUUUUACCCUAAAGAGGAUUAUAAAAUAAAAUAGUAUCUUCAGUGCUUUUUCCUGUUCUAUUAUAUUUAAGUUAAAUUACUCGUAAUCAGGCACCUAAAAUCACCAAUGAUUCAUAGACCAUCGUAGAACAUAAAAUAUAUGAUAGGGAGUUAACAAGAUCGAACAAGAUAAUAAAUUAUGCAUUAUCUCAAAAAAUGUAUAGAGGCAUUUGAUGUUAUAUAAUUUUAUAUUAAUUGAAAUUUAUAUAACUCUAUGAUUUAAAAAUUUUAAUUUCCCUAAACAAAAUA